AGCAUGUCUCGGCACUCGCAACUUGGGGUCGGGCUGAAUGAACCCUGCUACAUGACGGAUGCAGACGAGCAGACAAGGAAGGCCGCUUAUCACGAUGGAGGCCACCGGGGAAGAAUGCUUUCAGUAAGGCGAGGAAAGGGAGCCAUAAGCGAGGAGAAGAGACUGUCACAGAAUACAUAUGGGACGCUGCGCUUGGGGACGCCCAGGGCUCGUCGAUCCCCGUUUGCGCCCCAAAAGUUCCUCGCCCAGAGCAUAAUACAUACGUAUCCGUAUAUACGUGACUCGAAGCUGAAGGAAAAAACAAAAGCCGGUUGGGGAACGGGGAUGCGACGGGCAACGGACUCUGCGGGCACGCCGAGUCAAACAGGGCGCCAUGCCAAAUGUCAUGGCAUUUCAGCAGAGCGGAUCGGACAGAACAGCAAAUCACGCCCGAGACAGCAGAAUGCCAUGUCCCCUUGGCCCUCUGGAACCAACCUCCUCUCUGCCGCCAACGUCGGGCAACCGUCAUGCGCGGAAUGCUCGUGCUGCCGCCGCUUCACCACUGCCGAGUCCUCCCCCAAGAAAGCUCUAAUGAGCGCCGAGGGCUAGGCCGGCGCUGCUGCUCCCUUGUUCUAAUCAUCGAGCCAUCAUAGAUAGUCUGAGGGUUUUUGCUUGGUGGGAUCUGUGGCACACCGCAGCCUGCUUGGCAGAGGUUUGGCUGCAACAGCAGGCUCCCCAAGCGUAACAAGCGCAACACCCCCCCUCCAACACAGCACGCCAAAUUACCUGGGCCAAACGGGCGGGCUGCCUGUCAUUGUGCUCGCCGUCAGCUGUUGAUCGCCAUCCAUGCCGGCGUUGGCAAAGUAACAGUGUGCUUGUGUGUGCUUG